UUCAAAGUAAAAGCCGAACGGACAAGAAGAGUAUCGUCCUCUGUUGUGUGCGUUCGCGAAUGGUUCGAAUACAGCAAGAGUUUUGCAAACGGGAAAACUAGUGCGCUGAAAAUUGUAUAGAAAAGUGAAUUUUUCAUCCUAAAAGUAACGCAAAUUUCCAGUGCAAAAAGUGCUGAAGCGAAUGCUGCACAGAGAUUCUGCUGGCCGUUUGAGAAUUGAUUGGUGCUUCCAAGCAGGGUUACGAAAACAACCGGAGAAGUAGGCAACCGAAAUGGGUGACAUCGUCUAUCCGCCGGGAUGUCGGCCUAUAAACGAAGAUCUCGGCCCGGACGAACUGAUACGGCGCUUGAAAACGUUGACGCAUACGUUACAAGCCAUGGGUCAGGACGAGGGCAUGUACACGCAGUACAUUCCGCUAGCCGUUCAUCUCGCGGACGAUUACUUCCUGCAGCAUCCGUCGAAGGAUGUCCAGCUGCUGAUCGCUUGUUGCAUUGCCGACGUGUUGCGUGUGUACGCCCCGGAGGCACCCUACAAGGACCAGGAGCAGAUAAAAGGCAUCUUUUUGUUCCUCAUCAAGCAACUGAAUGGACUGAAGGAUCCCAAGGAUCCGGCUUUCAAGCGAUACUUUUAUCUGUUGGAAAAUUUAGCUUACGUGAAAUCCUUCAAUAUGUGUUUCGAGCUUGAAGACUGCCAGGAGAUUUUCUGCACUCUUUUUAGUUUGAUGUUUAAAAUAGUCAACGACGAACACAGCAGCAAGGUGAAAUCGUUUAUGUUGGAUGUAUUGUGUCCACUAAUUACGGAGUCGGACUCUGUCUCGUAUGAUUUGUUAGAUUUGGUGUUCAUUAACAUUGUGGAACCAUUGCGGACGCAGAAGAAAAAUGCCUAUCAUCUCGCUAAAGAUUUGAUAGCAAAAACAAGCGACACCUUGGAAUCGUAUACGCAGGCCUUUUUCAAUCAGAUACUGAUCCUGGACAAGUACGAAAAGCAGUACCAGAUAAUGCCGAAAAUCUAUGACGUUAUCUACGAGCUGAACGUGAUCAGUCCAAGCAUCCUGCUGUCGGUGCUGCCUCAGCUGGAAUGCAAACUUAAAUCUGCCCAAGAAAAUGAACGACUGAAAGCUGUUUCGUUGCUUGCGCGUAUGUUCUCUGAAAAGGACUCCAAUUUGGCCAAGCAAUAUGGUCCCCUGUGGCGCCAUUUCUUGGGUCGAUUCUACGAUAUAGCCGUUCCUAUUCGCAUCAAAUGUGUUCAAAGCACUAUGCACUUUCUGCUCAACCAUCCACCGCUAAGGAAGGAUAUAAUUGAUAUUUUAAAGGUACGUCAGCACGAUUCCGACGAAACGGUUCGCUAUGAGGUUGUAAUGGCAAUUGUUGAGACAGCCAAGCGGGACUUUCAGAUUGUGUCGGAAUCGGAAGAUCUGCUGGAGUUUGUGAAGGAGCGCACGCUGGAUAAGAAGUACAAAAUUCGUAAGGAAGCGAUGAACGGUUUGGCGAUGAUCUACAAAAAGUAUCUCAGCGAUAGUAAUGUUCCGGAAGCGACCAAAAAAGCCGUCAAUUGGAUCAAGGACAAAAUUCUGCAUGGUUAUUAUAUGACCGGCAUAGAGGAUCGGUUGCUGGUGGAGCGCCUGCUAAUUACUUGUUUAGUUCCGUAUCAACUUCCCGCAGAGGACCGGAUGAAGAAACUGUACCAAUUGUUGGGAACAAUAGACGAAAAUGCUACCAAGGCGUUCAUCGAGUUGCAAAAAAAUCAGCUGAAGGUGAGACGUAGCGUAGCCGAGUGGAUUAAGCUACAUCGGAUUAAGGAAAUAACUCCGAACAUUCAGAAGGACAUGAACGCCAAGUGCGCCAACAUUGCGAAACAGCUUCCCGAUCCGGUUAAAGCGCAGGAAUUACUUCUCAAGUUCAGCGCUCAAAUGCGCAAGGAUCCGAAGUUGAUUAACGAGAUGGAGACUAUUUUGAAGCGUGAUGUGACUUGCAGGGAAUGUGCCGACACGAUGGCAAUUGUGCUGAAGAAGCUUGGUCCACCAAUAACCACUAAUUCAUACUACAAUACGGUAAAGAUGUUGCUGGAGCGUAUCGCUUCUGUCAUGGUUGAUAAACAGUCAAUCGGUAUACUGAUCGAGCUGAUACAAGAGUGCAUGAACGGCUCGGAGGUGAUAGAUGAGGUCAGUCUACCGUCCGAAUCUGCUGGCGAACGGGGUUUAAAGUUGCUUACAGUACUGGCGUACGUGUUUUCCGCCCACUUUCAACAUGACGAGAUCCUGCGGCACAUGAUUGGUUUGCUGAAUUUCGACGAGGAAUACGUAGCCCCGUACGUGCUGAAGGCCUUCACUUAUUUGGGUCGUUACAAGCCACUUGUUGAGUCUCACAUAGAAAUCGCGAAAGAGCUGGCACCAAUUUGCAAAGAGUUUGCGGUCGCCGGUUCUCCGAAACAGGCUAAACAUGCCAUCCGGUGCAUGUACGUGAAUAGCCAAAUCAACGAUCCGAACGUCGAUCCCAGCAUAGACAUUUUCCCGGACAUUGUAGAAUCCUUCAAGCUUACGCUGAACCCGGAGAACGAACAUUAUCGGACGGCCAUCGUUAGUCUCGGACACAUUGCGUACAACCUUCCGGAAAAGUUCCACGUACAAAUCAAAAACAUAAUCUCCCGCAAGAUCGUCAAGGAGCUGCUGGUAAAGGAAACCACCGAAGGUCGAACGGAUGUACCGAGUGCUGAUUGGUGCGACGAGGACGAACUACCGGAGGAAACUCGCUGCAAGGUGGAAGGUCUGAAGACGAUGGCCCGCUGGCUGCUCGGACUGAAGAAGGACGUCCUGUCAGCGCAGAAAACCUUCCGCAUGCUGAAUGCGUUCAUCAGCAAGAAAGGUGAUCUGCUGGAGCAGGGAACGCUUUCCUCGGCGGAGAAGUCCUGGCUGCGGCUGUCCGCCGGCAAGGCAAUGCUCAAGAUAUGCGAGCAGAAAGGCGUCGGCGAUCAGUUCAUCGUUGAGCAGUUCUACAACCUGUCGCAGCUGAUGUGCGAUCCGGUGAUAGAGGUCCGCGAUACUUUCGUCAAAAAACUCCACAAGGGCUUGAACAAAGGAAUUCCACACAAGUGUCUUCCGCUGGACUUCAUGGGUUACUACGUGCUUUGCGGUCGGGAAACUGACAGAAGAUUACAACAGCAAGUCAAAUCCAACAUCGAAACCGACGUCAAUCGGCGUAGGGAAUAUGUCAAAACCUUUGCCACCGUCGAACGUGCAAUGAGCCAACUUCCGCACAUUUUACCCGACUACAUGUUGGUCUUUGCCGUACCAGUAUUGACACAUGACCCCCGGUUCACUCGACACACCGAUCCAGUCCAGCUGCGACAGAUCGAGCGCUGCCUGUGGUUGAUCCUGGAACCGCUGGUCACCAAUAAGGAAUUCUUCUGCUUUGGCUUCUACAAAAAUCUGAUCGAGCGAAUGAAGAAUCACAAAGACGCUCUGAAACCAGACGACGAGGAGAUUAAUUGCAAAUUGUGGGCCAUUUGCGAUAUAGCUCUCGGUUUGAUUUUGACUAAAGUGCAUACUUUUGAUGCACGGGAAUUUCCGGUGGAUGCACGCAUUCCCUCCAUGUACUUCCAGGCACAGGCGGAAAAUUUCAACAACGCUCGCCUAUACAUCCCGGAGGACAUGUAUAAUCUGACCGGUUCGUGUUCGACGGGUCCGAAAAAGAAUUUGCUGGCACUGAACGAUCGCAAAAAAGCGUCCAGCUCGAAGUCGGUUCUGAAUCACGAGGGAAACGGUGACGGCAACGAUAAUACUGGAAAUGACUCCGGUGCCGACGAUGACGAGCCACCGGCGAAAAAAUUUCACAGUAGUAGUAACGAGGACGAUUAAUCGUAAGCCGAGGCGCAAAUCGUUGAGUAAGGAUUUUUUUAGCUGCUAGUGACAUAUAUGUAUAUCUUAUCGUAACUAAGAAGAAAGUUGAUCUUUUUCUAAAAAAGUAAUCGGAAAUAGAGGAUAGUUUUUCGCAUUAUGCAAGGUUGAAAUCUUCAAGAGAUCGAUUUGAGGAAAAAAAGAAGGUUACACUUCCUACGAUGUUAAGUUAUUAUUUAUGCACUGACGACGAUGCGAUGCGAGCCUGCUUAAAACUCAUUGGCCUGGCAUUGUUCAGAAUACGAUUUAUUGUGCACUAAUGUUCAAGUUUUUUGAACCGAACAUCCAUCGAAUUUUUUUCCCAAUUGUGACGAAUGUGAAGUUCAUUGAAAGCGAUAGGGCAUGUGACUAUUACUAGGCAAACUACGGUUCAAAUAAAGCCAAUAAAUCAAAAUGAA